UUCUUCCAGCCUUUUCACGUUUUCCCCUCUCCCUCUUUCUGUUCAUGGAAAAUCAUGUCUGACGAGGAGUGGAAGGUUCCCGAUGAGCUCUUUAAAGAUGUCAAAUUCUACGUGGUCGGGGACAUUGAUCAAAAGGUGGUGCAGCUGCUGAAAGCAGGGAAAGGGAAGGAGGUGUCCUACAACGCUCUGGCCACUCACAUCAUCGCAGAGGACGGGGACAACCCUGAGGUGGGCGAGUCCAGAGAAGUUUUUGACCUGCCUGUUGUCAAGCCCUCAUGGGUGAUCCUGUCUGUUCGAUGUGGAGACCUUUUACCCGUCACCGGCUUCUCUCCAGAAUCAGGACAGAUCUUUUUUGGCGUGACUGUUUGUCUUCCCAGACUUCCGGAGGAUCUGAGUUCUCUGUGGGCUUAUGUAACCUUCCAUGGAGGAGAAUGUCAGCUGAACCUGAACAAGAAGGUCACACAUUUAGUGGUGAAGGAACCAAAGGGGAUGAAGUUUGAGUGUGCCCUGAAACACUCACACAUCAAGAUUGUCACUCCAGACUGGAUCACAGACUCUGUUUCAGCUAAAACCAGGAAGGAUGAGGCCCUUUAUCACCCCAGACUCACGUAUGUGGAGCCUGACGAAGAGGAGGAGAGCGAAGCUGAGUCCUGCAACAUGCGCUCUCGUUCAGAUGCCUCCAGCGGGGGCUCGUCCGGGGAGGAGUCCAGUCCUCGCAGACGACCCGGACCCAAACGCUUCAACUCCGUCUCGCCGACCUCUCCCCGGAAACCCGAGCGCCGCAGCGAGCGAAUGUUCGACGACUCCGACGACGACUCCUCCACGGAGAAAGAGGGCACCAACCUGAACUGGACCCCGGCCGAGGUCGUGGCGCCCACCAUCCCUAUCCCCGACGGCCUGGCCAGGCGGCGGGGAGGCGUGCCGGGCAGCAAGGACCCCGUGUCGGCGGCGGGCAGCGGGCUGAUCAACCUGUGUGCCAGCGUGCCUCCUGUUCCUGGCAGCGCAGGCCUCGGACCUGCAGAGGUUCGCUCUGCUGCUGCAGCCAUCAGUCACUCUGCACAGCAAGGUGGACCAGGUCCAGAGGGUAUGCCUGGAUGGAACCAAGCCAUUAGAACCCUACGCAACAUAACCAACAGCGCUGACAUGCAGCCGGCCAGUCGACCUUUUGUUUUACAGAUCAUCCCAAACCUGCCUGGCAGUCAAACCAAGCCUUUGGAUCAGACGAAUCUGAGCCACAUUCAGACCCCAAACAAUACCAACCUUCCUACGUUCAACCAGGCCAAGGUGGCCGAGCUGCAGCAGCAGACUCUGCAGCAGUCUCACCAGUCUGCUCAGCAACAUCAGCAGCUACCACAGCAGCCACAGCAUCCCAUGAUGCACCUGCAGCAGCAGCAGCAGCAGCAGCUGAUGAAGCUGCAGCAGUCCCAGGUCGUUCAACAGCAGGGUUUCCCCCAGCUGCAGCAGCAGCAGCAGCAGCAGUUUCUGCAGCAGCAGCAGAUGUUUUCCCAGCAGCAGCUGCGGCCCCAGCAGCUCCUCCGGCCCGGUCUGCAGCAGCUGCAGCAACAGCUGCAGCAGUAUCAGCAGCAGCAGCAGCAGCGCAUGCACAUGUUACAGCAGCAGCAGAACCAGCAGCAGCUACACCAGCAGCACCUGCAGCAGCAGCAGCAGCAGCAGCAGCAGCACCUCCUGCAGAUGCAGAAGCAGCAGCUCCAGAAUCAGCAACAUCAGAACCAGCAGAUCUUCCAGCAGCCUCCUCACAUCUCGCAGCUGUUUGGACAUGAGCCAGGACAAGACGUUCCUCAGGACAGCUUCCUGCUCGGCUGUGUGUUUGCUGUGGCCGAUUACCCGGAACAAAUGGCCGACAAACAACUGCUGGCCACGUGGAAGAGGGUCAUCCAGGCCUGUGGGGGUGUUGUUGACCCCACGCUGACCAGCCGCUGCACUCACUUGCUGUGCGAGAGUCAAGUGAGCAACAUGUAUGUUCAGGCUCUUCGAGAGGGGAAGCGCUGUGUGACGGCCCACUGGCUCAGCACCGUGCUGAAGAAGAAGAAGAUGGUUCCUCCUCAUCGAACGUUACAUCUGCCCUUCGCCUUCCCUCCAGGGGCCAAACCAUGCUCUCAGCAUAUCAUAUCGGUGACAGGCUUUGUGGACGCUGACAGGGAAGACCUGAAGCUGAUGGCGUACCUGGCUGGUGCCAGAUACACGGGAUACCUGUGCCGCAGUAACACGGUCCUCAUCUGUAAAGAACCCAGAGGACUGAAGUACGAGAAGGCCAAGGAGUGGAAGAUCCCGUGUGUCAACGCUCAGUGGCUGUGUGACAUCCUGCUGGGGAACUUCGAAGCUCUGAGGCAGAUUCAGCACAGCAGAUACUCCAUCUUCACUCACCCCGAGCCGCUGGCGCCCAACCCUCAGCUGGUCCACAAUCUGCUGGCUGCUUGGAGAUCUCCAAUCAAAGUAACUGCUGAAGCGCUGGCGAACCUCCAGCUGGUCCAGAAGCAGAAGAUGUCUGAGUCCACCAACACACCUGCAAACAAGAAGGCCAGACUGGAAGAGAUCCAGUCCCCCAGUAAGAAGCUCCCCCCAGAGUCCACCCCCCGGGUUGUGUUCACAGGCUUGGAGCCCAUGCAGGUGCAGCAGUACACCAAGAGGCUACAUGCUUUAGGUGGGGAAGUAGCAGACUGCAGUCAGAGCGCCACCCACCUGGUGGCCAGCAAGGUGACCCGCACCGUCAAGUUCCUGACGGCCAUGUCUGUGGUGAAACACACUGUGACUCCGGAGUGGCUGGACGAGAGCUGGAGGAGCCAGAAGUUUGUGGAUGAGCAGAGUUAUACUCUCAGGGAUGCAGAGGCAGAGGUGCUGUUCAACUUCAGUCUGGAGGAGUCUCUGAAACGAGCGCGCAGUGAACCUCUUUUUAAGGGGAAGGUCUUCUACCUGACUCCGGGGAUUUGUCCGAGCCUCGGCACCAUGAAGGCCAUCCUGGAGAGCGCAGGAGGGAAGCUGCUGUCCAAACAACCUUCAUACAGGAAGAUCAUGGAGCACAAACAGAACAAGAACCUUCCUGAGAUCAUCUUAAUUUCCUGUGACAAUGACCUGCACCUGUGCAGAGAGUAUUUUAUGAAAAACAUUGAUAUCCACAAUGCUGAGUUCAUUCUGACCGGAGUUCUGACCCAGAAACUGGACUAUGAAUUGUAUAAGUUCACCUGAUGAAGAAACACGGAUCAGGCCUCACGGACUUUUUGUAUAGAUUGGUUCCAGCGCACAGCUCUCCUGUCCUUUUCUAGAUUUUUGUUACCCGUGAGAACAAAAUGGAUAUUAUUUUUAUGAAACAAUUGAAAUAAUUAUGGAGGAAUAAUUCUCUUCUUACUAAAAUAAAAUGUAUAAAUGUUGUAUACAUUACUUUUUGAAAUAAAACUGAUUGUGUUUGUGUAAA